GAAAAGGAAUAUUUAAUGACAGUGGGGAAAAGCAUCCUAUAACAGACAGAAACCUGGGUUAGUAGUAAUAAUAAUAAUUAGAAGAAUAUUUAUCAAUACUAUUGUCAUUAUACAUGAAUCAAUAGUAAAAUAAAUAUCAGGCAUUGAAUUUUCCUUUGGUUUAUGAUAAAAGAAUUUAGACUUUCCUGCCAGGUAAAUGCAGGGGGCGGGGCCACAUUAGAGGAGAUUACCUGACAGGUAUAUGGCUGAUGGACUUUGGAGUCUGAUAAAAAAAGAAACAGUGGAGAAUGUUAAUGCGUUUGACAUCAUCAACGCUGACGGACAGGUGAACCAUGGCAGACAGGUAUCUAAAUGAUGGAUUGUUCUGUAUUUAUAACACCUGUAGUUUUAGACUGUAAUUACUGGACUGAACUCUGUCUAGCUGAUGUGGAUGUGUUGAGUCACUUUUGUGAAGUUACACAGAUCAGUGUGAGUUCAGAAAUACUGGUCAGGAUCUAAGAACUGUCAGCCUUAUGUUUCUGAGUCUCAUCCACGGGCAUUGCCAUGUUUGAAGGUUGUCUUAGACUAUCUGUAGGUCACAAUAGGAACAGAUGGGGGGGCUGUGGAGGUCUAACAUGCAGACAUCACUAUGACAGAUUACUCAGCUAUACACAGUCUCUGCUGCUUUCUUCUUAGUCUGAAUGAAAAAAAAUCAGUUCCCUAAAAACUAAAGUCCAUAAGAUUAGUUUACUAAACAGUGAACCAAUGUUUCUGUUUCACUGAUGAAUUUCACAUAUUGAUGGAGAAAAUCUCCUCGCCAGCUCUACUCAACUUUGCCAACAUUAAGUCUUCUUCCUCAGAUGAAAUAAUCAUCUUCUAAAAUAUUCCAUUCUUACCUUUGAUGAAUGUCAUCCUCUAAAGAUUCUAAAACAUUCCAUUCUUACCUUUGAUGAUGUCAUCCUCUAAAGCUUUAAAACAUUCCAGUCUAACCUUUAAUGAUGUCAUCCUUUAAAGCUUCAAAAAAAUCCAUUCUUACCUUUGAUGAAUGUAAUCCUUUAAAGAUUCUAAAACAUUUCAUUCUUUCCUUUGAUGAUGUCAUCCUUUAAAGCAUUUAACACAUUCCAUUCUAACUUUUGAUGAUGUCAUCCUCUAAAGCUUCUUAAACAUUCCAGUCUGCCCUUUGAUGCUGUCAUCCUUCAAAUAUUCUGAUGGCAUCCUUUAAAGCUUCCAAAAAAAUCCAUUCUUAUAUUUGAUGAUGUCAUCCUCUAAAGCUUUAAAACAAUUCAUUCUUACCUUUGAAGAUGUCAUCAUUUAAAGCUUCUAAAACAAUUCAUUCUUACCUUUAAUGAUGUCAUCCUUUAAAGCUUCCAAAACAUUCCCUUCCCUGCUCUAAAAGAUAUCAUCCUGUUAAGUUUAAAAAAACAUUCCAUUCUUACCUUUGAUGAUGUUUUCCUUUAAAGCUUCCAAAACAUUCCAUUCUAACCUUUGAGGAUGUCCUCCUAUGAAGCUUCUUGAGCAUUUCAUACUUUCCUUUGAUGAUGUCCUCAUUUAAAGCAUCUAAAACAUUCUUACUUUUGAUGAUGCAAUCCUUUAGCAUUUCCUAAACAUUCCAUUCUUUCCUUUGAUGAUGUCAUCCUUUUAAGUUUCUUAAAAAUUUCAUCCUUUCCUUUAAAGAUGAUGUUCAAUUCAAGGCUGUUUUCUCAUGUAUCUGUUGACUCAGCAUGUUUUUCCUCUCAUGAAUCAUUAUCAGCGGUGUCUUGAUUAUCAGCUGUUGUCUUGAUAACGAGUCAUUAGUGAGUUUGCGCUCAAUAAAAGUCGAUCAGAGAUCAACAACAAGACAGAGAGGAAACACACGGAAACAGAACACCUAAAGAGUGCAGCAGGUAAACUUCAUCCAGGUGAGUUUGUCUGUUUAGAAUGAGGACAGCAUGUGACAUCACUGUGAUUUCACAGUGAAAAAUACUAAAUGUCUGAGAAAUGAAUGUUUGAUUUUAGAUGGUAAAAGUGUAAAUAUCACUAAAAUAUUGAUUAUGUAUUGAUGCAUUGAUAGUAUGUGUAUUGCUGUACUAACAGUGUAUGAUUAUGUAUUGAGAGUGAAUAUACUACUGUGUAAAAAGUGUAUUGAUUAUGUAUUUAUGUAUUGAUCAGAUCUGAUCAGCUGUCAGCAUGAGGCGCCGUCUCUCAGGUCUGGAGACCCUGCUCUCCAUCCUGACGUCUCUUCUUCUUCUCUGCUGCGUCGCUCUGAUCGUGGUUUCAUGGCUCAGCCUGCAGCGUGAAGGUUCUGAUGAGACGGCAGUGCUGAGAGGUCAGAUGGUGAUCACAGACGGCGCCGUGUUCUCUGAAGAUCUCAGAAACUCAAGCAGUGUGCUCUAUAAAUCACUUGCCUACGACGUCCAACGACUGGUCUCUGAUGCAUUCGGUCUCUCUGAGCUCAGUGAUGACUUCACAUCCUGUCACGUUUUAUACUUCAGUCGGGGCAGUGUAGCUGUGACGUUUGACCUCUGGUUUAAUCAGCUGAUUGAUCCAAAGGAGGCAGAACAAAAGCUGGGGGCGGGGCUUCUAGAGCUUGGAACCACCGGAUUGGUUAUUGACAGAAACAGCAUCAAGAUUACAGAAAAAUCAAACGAGUCGACGGAGACACCGCCUACUGUCACACCUUCCCCAGACGUGUCGACGGAGACACCGCCCACUGUCACACCUUCCCCAGCGACAUGUUCUCCUGAUCAGACUUCCUGUUCUGACCAAUCAGCCUGUGUGUUCAUUUAUCGGCUGUGUGACGGAGUCAGAGACUGUCCUGAUGCCUCUGACGAAGACAGCGCUCUGUGUGCAACCAGGUGUGACGGACAGUUCCUGCUGAAAGGACUGAGUGGAGAGAUCAGUUCAUCGGAGACAAAGGAAAGACGAUUCUGUCGCUGGAUCAUCAGGGUAGAAGAAGGUCUUUCUGUCAGGAUCAACAUGCUUCAGUUUGACAGUGAAGAAAACAUUGACGUUCUGAGACUCUAUGAAGGAGUGGGAGCUCAGAAACACCUCACAGCUGAGCUCUCAGGCUCCGCCUACCCUGGCACCGUGUGGCUGCUGACCAACCAAUCAACAGUAGAGUUUACUUCUGAUGAUGUCAACAGCCUGGCGAGUUUUAAGGCCACCUACAACACCGUCAACACCUCCAACUUAUCAGACCAGGUGAAGCUCACCUGUACCUUUGAGGAAGGUGUGUGUUUAUGGCGUCAGCAGAUAGAUGAAGAGGAAGAUGAUGGAGACUGGAUCAGAGUCCGUGGGGCGACCUUUCCUCCUCUGAGCGGUCCGAGUGUGGACCACACGCUGGGAAACAGCUCAGGUUUCUACUUGGUCACUCCGCCCACUCCCGGCAAUUGGCCAAGGAGCUUCAGGAUCGAGAGCCUCCCACUGACUCCGCCCACCCCUCCAUCUUGUCUGAGUUUUUGGUAUCACAUGUAUGGAGAGGACGUCCACCGUCUCAGCGUCCUGAUGUUCCGCCCCUCGGGAGUCAUCAGUGUGUUUCGGAAGGACGGUAACUAUGGUGACAGCUGGCACUACGGUCAGGUGACCGUCAUCGUUACUGAGGAGACCAGAGUGGUCUUUGAGGCUCUGAAGAGGGGCGGGAUCAGGAACGACAUCGCCCUCGAUGACAUCACACUGACAAUAGGACAAUGUGGCCCCUCCCCCCCUGAUCCAACCAAUGUACUACCUCCAACAACCCCGCCCCCUAUACCUGCUGACUGUGGAGGACCCUUUGACCUCUGGGAGCCAAACUCCACCUUCAGCUCACCAAAUUACCCACAAUCCUACGGGCAGGAAGCUGAGUGUCUCUGGACUCUCCAUGCCCCUGAAGGUCUUAACAUCCAGCUCCACUUCCUGGACUUUGACAUCGAAGCAACCUAUGAUGUGCUGGAGGUGCGGGAUGGGGCGGGGCCUAACUCCACCCUACUGGCUGUCUUAACAGGUAGCAGUGGCCCCGCCCACGACCUGUUCUCAACAACCAAUCAGAUGGCUGUGUGGUUCUUUACUGAUGAAUCAGGAUACCGCCGUGGGUUCAAGGCUAACUUCACCUCCGGGGUCAACCUGGGGUCACCAGCUCCAUGUGCAGAUGGUCAGUUCCAGUGUCUGACAGGAAGUUGUAUCCAUAGAAACGGUUAUUGUGACGGCGUGGUCGACUGUCCUGAUGGCUCUGAUGAGUCUGAGUGUGUUGUGUUCCAGAUGAAUAGCUCCGCCCCUCUUCGGUUUAAACGUGCUUCCUCUCUGCUCACCGUCUGUGCUGACACCUGGAACUCUCACCUGUCUGUGUUCACCUGUCAGUACCUGGGCUACAGGUGGGGGGAGGAGUCUCUGCUGCCCGUUCUUCCUGGAUAUUCUCCGUUUACAAACAUCAGCAUCUCCAAUGGGACGCUCCAGACCACAGCAAGUGACUCCUGCAGCAGUGACAGAGUGGUGUCUUUAACCUGCAACAACCAACCGUGUGGCGUCCGUCAGAUCUCCAAUUAUUCCACAAGGAUGGACCAAUCAGCAGAGAGCUCACCUGGAUCAGGUGAGGUUAGAGUGGUGGGUGGGGUUGAUGCUAUCAAGGGGGCGUGGCCGUGGAUGGUGUCUCUGUGGUGGAAAGGCCGUCACGUCUGUGGAGCGUCUGUGAUUGGUGGAGAGUGGCUGCUGACGGCGGCGCACUGCGUCUACGGGAAGAACGUCCACCUGGAGUCGUGGACGGCGGUGUUUGGUCUUCAUGCCCAGAGUAACUCCAGCUCUGUGGACGUCCAGACCCGACGAGUCGAUCGCAUCAUCAUCAACACAGAGUACAACCGACAGACCAAACAAGCUGAUAUCGCCAUGAUGCAUCUGCAGCAGCCAAUCAACUUUACCGACUCCAUCCAGCCGGUGUGUCUCCCUCCUGAAGGUCACGACCUCUCUGCAGGAAGAAGAUGCUUCAUCGCAGGCUGGGGAAGAGAGGAGGAGGGGGGUUCCAUCCCAGACGUUCUCCAGGAGGCCCAGGUUCCUCUCCUGGACCAGGAUCAGUGCCAGCUGAUGUUACCUGAGUACACCAUCACUCCCAGCAUGCUGUGCGCCGGAUUCCCCGAGGGAGGAGUCGACUCCUGCCAGGGUGACUCCGGAGGUCCACUGAUGUGUGAGGAGGAUGGGUUCUGGACUCUGAUUGGUGUGACAUCAUUUGGGGUCGGUUGUGGUCGUCCUCAGAGACCUGGCGUCUACGCUAAAGUCUCCGCCUUCACUUCCUGGAUCGCUCAGACCAGACGCUCCGUCCCUGAAUUAUUCAGCACCUUUUGAUUUUAUUUAAUUUAAUUAAUUUAAUUUUGUUAGUAGUAGCUUUUAACAAAUUCCAUUUAAUUUAAUCUAGUAAUUUAAUUUCUUUGAACUUAAU